GCACCAGAUGGUGACGGCUUGGUGUCACAAUGUGCAGGAACAGCAGCAGAGAUGUACAUGUGCCCUGAGUGAAGGCUCUGGUACUGGACACAAGCAGAUAACAACCGUGGUGUGGUGGAACUAAGGCAAAAGUCAGCUGGUCAGCUGGAUAUGAUGGAACUCCUAGAGGAAGAUCUCACCUGUCCCAUUUGCUGUAGCCUGUUCGAUGAUCCUCGAGUCCUGCCCUGUUCCCACAAUUUCUGCAGAAAGUGUCUGGAAGGAAUUCUUGAGGGAAAUGUGCGGAAUGUGCUUUGGAGGCCGUCUCCUUUCAAGUGCCCCACAUGCAGGAAGGAGACUCCUGUUGCUGGAGUCAACAGCUUGCAGGUCAACUAUUCCCUGAAAGGUAUCGUGGAGAAGUACAACAAAAUCAAAGUAACUCCAAAAAUGCCUGUGUGCAAAGUGCACAGCGGACAGCCCCUUAACAUUUUUUGCCGGACAGACAUGCAGCUGAUCUGUGGUGUUUGUGCCACCCGUGGUGACCACACAAAGCACGUUUUCUGUUCCAUUGAAGAAGCUUACUCCCAGGAGAAGCGGGCUUUUGAAACCCUGUUUCAGGGCUUUGAAACUUGGCGUUGUGGAGAUGCCCUCUCACGGUUGGAUACCUUGGAAACCAGUAAGAGGAAAGCUCUGCAGAUGCUGACCAAAGAUUCUGACAAAGUGAAAGAGUUCUUUGAGAAGCUGCAGCACACGCUGGAGCAGAAGAGAAAUGAGAUUCUUUCCGACUUUGAGACCAUGAAGCUUGCAGUGAUGCAGGCCUAUGAUCCAGAGAUCAAUAAACUGAACACAAUUCUGCAAGAGCAGCGGAUGGCUUUUAACAUUGCAGAGGCCUUCAAAGAUGUGUCUGAACCCAUUAUAUUUCUGCAACAGAUGCAGGAGUUCAGGGAAAAAAUCAAGGUGCUCAAAGAAACCCCUUUACCUUGUUCCACUGUGGACAUCAGCCCCACAAUGAAGAGCUUCGACACCAGCCAGUGGAAUGGAAUAAAACUAGUUGAUGUGGACAAACUUUCUUUGCCUCAGGAAAACAAUACUGGCAAAUUCAAGAUUUCCUCAGUCUUUUCGCGCAGAUUUAUACUGAACUGUCUUAUUUUCUUUACAAUUAUCUUGUCCUAUUUGGCAGAUAACGUGGAGAUAGCAGAUCAUGCAGUCUUUUACUGGGAACAGAUGACAGAUGGAGCUUCACUUUUAAGAGAAAAGUGUAAAAACUAUACGUUGGUUGUACUGGAUAAUGUUGCAGAGUUUGUGUGCAAAUAUAAACUGUUGUGAAAUCCCUGCUGAAAUAUAA